AUGUGGGCGAAACUGGGCGGAAAUUGCAAACUCGCCUACAAGAACACAAAUCGGCCACUCGGAGGUUAGACCCUAACACUCAACUAGCAACACACGUUGGUGAAACGGGGCAUACUUUUGACCUCCAGAGGGCUACCAUCUUAGGCCGAGGCAACACAAAAACAGAACGGCUAACUCUCGAGGCGUGGUUCUCCGAUGCCCACUCUAUCAACAGGCAUCUGGACCUUCCUGCAGCUUACAGAGUCCUACGUCAUCACAACCGUAGAGCUCAGGACCAAACAACCACACCGGACUUAAGAAGACAGCACGGAGAUAGCCCGACGCUGAGCUUACUCAGUGAGGAAGAACAAGAACCGCCAGACCGACCGCCCGACUAAAGUCCAAUCAGCUCCCCUCGACGGAGUGGUGACUUAUAAAGCGCACAGGCAAAAACGCCCGUCAACCAUUUCCUGAGAGGCCGACGCAGCGUGACGAGAGAGAAAAAUCGAUCAGCAUGAGGCCGGCCAACACAGCUUGCCACUUUAGAUUAACUUUCUGAUCGAUUAGGUGCAGUUUACGCUUUGACAAUGAAGAGUCGACCCAGCUCUUUGAAACGUCAGCAGUUAAAUAAACCUGUUCCGGAGAGCCAAUUUUCUUCUUCUAAUAAUCUUCCCGGAUCUCUAAACUUUUCCAAUCUGAACAAAUAUCACUACGUUGAAAUCGGUCUCCGACCAUAGCAAUUGCCCCUUUAUCCAUAGAAGGGACGCUGAAUCGUCGUCCGUGUUGUCCAGCGGGCGUCCUCUCUGCAUGAAUGACAAUCUUGUGCGUGCCACAUAGAAUCAUGGUAAUUGCGGUUUUGAAAAAAACGCAGUAAGCUGGUGUGUUCGUGAAGGAGCUCUUGCAGUUGACAAACCAUGAACCGUUUAAUUCCGGUGGAAAUUCCACAGCGUGCAUUCAAUUCGUCAUCACCAAUGACGUACAUUUAGAGGAAUUUGUGUUGACCCUCUUGGGGCGGAAGAAGGGAGCCGACUGUAUGAUAAAUUUGUCCUUUCACUUUGAAAGUCGGCAUGAAUUGACCUGUCACGAUACCAUGCGCCGAACGACGUCGUUUGGAAGCAGUGUUUUAAAUCGGCCACUCUCAGUUUGUCGUAUUCAUUCUGUCGAGAACUGGAUUGCCCUCCUAUCCUCUGUGGGAGGCGGAGCAAUCGUUGACUGCAUCCAGUCGAGCCCGGAAAUCCCGGACGAAUGUGUGUGCAAUCUUUAACUAUGUUAUUGGGGCAACUCGAAGUGGCGGCCAAGACUUGCAAGUCCUUUUGGGGAAGGAGUGGGGGGUGGUUUGCCUAGCCGCCCAUGUUACAUUUUGUCGGAGAGGGAAGACGUGUUCAAUCUCAUCCAAGUAGUUAUUAUCGCCGGCCCGUGAUACCGACUUAGAAAUUUGAAUAACAGUUGAUGUCUGCAAUUUUCUAUGAGGGAAUAACUGAAAUGUCGACAGUACGCAACCUGGUACAUUUUGUAAGUGCAUUUGUAGACCGCCUGUUCCUGUUAAGGUGGGGUUAUUUAGUCGACUUAUUAUUUUCUGGAGUAGAUAAGAGGAGGUAACAACAGUGUCUAAAAGUUCACCUAACGUGAGUGAAAGGAGCUACUUGGUUUAUAUCCGGGAGUAAGACAUUGCGCAAAAAAUGCCAAAAUUUCCGUUUUAUUAAAAAGGCUGGUAAGAAGACCUUUCCUAACAUCUAUCAAAUGAGGAACAUGAUGUGCAUCCUUGAGAAGGACUUGCUCUCGAUACUUUGUACAAAGUUUAAAUUACUGAGGACAAGGGAUCUUCUUCUUCGUAAAGCGUUCAAGACGCAUUUUGCAGGCUAAUUGAGAACUGUAAUUGAGAACUGAAUUACUGAGGACAAGGGAUCUUUUUCUUCGUAUAGCGUUCAAGACGCAUUUUGCAGGCUAAUUGAGAACUGCACUGACACUGAUAAGAAUUUCCUGCUAACCGAGUGAGUUAACAAAAUUGUUGGUUAUGUCGACAACUAAGGGCCGGCAGACUAAUAAGGUCCGCAGUGGACUGAGAUUUCUAAAAAAAUACAUGUAAAAUGCAGAAGUAAAUUAUUACGCUAUUGUUGCUAAAAUGGUUUAACCUGAUAUUAAUAAAAGUUGAACGGUUGUAUUCGUAAAGGUCAGAUGACAAAUGCGCGGUUUCAUGGCAAAAGUCUGUCAGGAGAGAGCCUGUAAUCGUCACCUCAUGCAUCUGGACUACGGUAGUUAAAUAUGAAUGGGUCUAACUCACUGCUUGUACAAAUCUUCAAAUCGACCACUGCUAUGCAUUAUGAGAUUCUAUGUGAUCAAGCGAAGUGGGACUUAAUGAGGGGCUAACGUAAAGGAUACAUUCUCUAUCAGAGCGAUCACCUAGGCCAUCUGCCAGGAAAUGAGGAAACCACCAAAGGCCAAUCUCGAAUAUAAGAUUUCAUGGUAGUCACAACACAUGGGCCCUCACAAGCUAGAAAUCGCUUUCAUCCCUGCGGAACUAUUUCGAAAUUCUAAUGCAUUCGUAAAUUUGCAGAACAGAUACUCUUGCCUAUUAUGAUGGGUGGAUUUAUCGGAACCUAUAGCGAACAAAAAGAUCUCGCGCAGAAACGGAUGCGUAACAUAUUCUAUCCACAAACAUUAAAUGCACAUAUUUCGACCUUUUCAUGUAAAUCGGUUUGAUUGAGUAAUGGGACCUUUCAAAUAUGUUUUCUGCGUUAGUUUAAUAGGCCCACCACCUAUUCAGACUUUCCGGGCUCAAAGUAGGCAAGAAGUUUACUCUUGUGAACCGCUGUACAUCCAAUAUAAUACCAAAUUUUAUGACAAUGACAGCGAACCAAGUCGCCAUGGCCACAAUGGCUCAUAGCAUGUAUAACACGUAAAUGUGCUGGGCUGUCGAAACACUGCAUAUAGGGUGCCUAACUUGUAACAAUGGAUUUGUUUCUUUGAGAAAAAGCGCCCGACCCCAAAGCGAGGAAGUUUUUAUGGGAUACGAAGACGAUCUUAAAGGGGAUAACGUCGACUCUUCGUUCUGCUGGAUCCAGGUUAGUUCUAAUAAUGGGGUUGGCAACCACAAAAGAGUCCCCUAUUCCGCGGAGCGUGCCUACUUUCGAGUAAUCUCCAAACUUUUUUUAGGUAAGUGAAUAAGAAUACUCUUGCCUCGAAGACUUCACUUUAGAUUGAUUUGUCUAAACUGAAAUUAAGGCGGGCGAAGGGGAUAGUAUAAAAAUCUUUUGUAAAUUUUCGGUUGUUCUUCUCUCUCUCGGCCCUUCUACGCACUUUUGGUAAUGAAGAUCAGGAGAGCAUCUCACAGCAAUAGCUGGUACACGGGGGACGGUAAUACACGCUUUUCAGUUAUCUUGUUUAGCUAGGGAACUCAAUUCUCAGCUUUCCACCUGGCUUAAUAAUGCUCCUGCUGCACACAGUCCGGCAAAGGCGAUAAUCUCCCCGUAUGAGCAUUUUACUCUUUCUUAAACUUUAAGGCACGCUGGAUACUCGUAUUCGGGGCCGUGCGCGGCCCAUGCCUUUAAAAAUAUCAACCCCGAAACAGUGUAAGAUUCCGUUUUUCUAACAUAAAGAGAUCGCAUAUUUGUCCUUGGACCGUCACAUCAUCUUUAUCUGAACGAUUCAUGCGCACUUACGGUUGCUGACUACCUGGAGACUCCAUUAUACAAUCUUAAAGUGGAUUCGGAAAGUAAGAAUCUCAUGAUUUAUCUCAGGUGUUUAGUUUGCAAGGCGCUGAAGAAGUCAGGUGAAUUUGUCGACCUGAAACUGAGUGAAGACGAAGAUGAACACUCUCUUGAAAUGCAGUUGCCUUAUGUAGCGAAGGUUAUGGAAAAGUAUGCUUUUAUCGAUUUUUCUAGAAUCCGACGGUUUUUGGUCCGCAAUAGAGACUAUUUUAAUGCCGACCUUUUAGUUCGAUGUUCACACUACCUUUGUUGCAGCAUCGAUAGAUUCCGUCUUAAAUGCCAGUACAUCUGUUCUACACGUGUCUAAAGUUAAGCUUGAUGAAAUGUAUUUGGUAGACAUCAGAAAAAGUCAGUUCCCAAUCAUGUUCAACCAAAUAUUUGUGCCCUCAUGGAGUUCUGUUGUUGCGCCUUAUGGCAUUCCGAAAUCGUUUACUACGUCUUGGUGUUUUGACGACUUCGUCCUACCGAAAAUCCCAGCCGCGGUUUUGUGGCCAUGACAAACGAAACGAUUACUUUAAGACUCGUAUGCACAAGGGAAUCACUUGGUGCCCCAUAGUACCUCUUUUCCUUAGAACAUGGACGUAAUACGUUUUUCACGAGGAUUUACAAUUUUCUUCCUUUGUAUAGUCGAAAUAAUGCGUUCACCAUCGUUCCGAUCAUGGUUGGGAGCUUGUCUUUUGAAAAGGAGCGCUUGUAUGGAGAAAUUCUAGCGCCCUAUCUCAAGGAUCCGCGGACGCUUUUUGUGAUUUCCUCCGACUUCUGCCACUGGGGUAUUUAAUAUUUUCUAGGGCGUUUCGUCCCGGUUCUCUGGAAUCUAACGGACUUCUCUUUUUAGGGAGUCGCUUCCGAUACACCUACUACGACGAAAAACAUGGUGAGAUUUGGAAGUCAAUCAAGAACCUCGACAAAAUGGUACUCCACCAUAAUUUUAGAUUGUCCUUUAAGUUUAUUUUCCUUUUGGCGGUGUGUAUUCAUCGUCUCCUCGCUAAUCCUAUCUUCACCUUAUAUGCGCUUGCGAUUUGUCUUAUCUUUUAUUUUCACAAUUAUGAUGUAAAGUAAGAUUUUUUAAAUUGUGGCUCUUCCGAAAAUUAUUAGGCUCCCAAAAGUCGCGCGUCCUCCUGAUAACAUUGUUAGCGCAGGCCCACUAAGCAGACUGCUAAUGGCAGUCAACCCAUACGUCGCACGCGGGCUAGUCUUUAACUGAUUAUGGCACGGAAGUCCACUGAAGCGAAAUCUCUUUUGGGGGGUCUUGAUUUGAUGUGUUUCUCGCAAUACCACAUAGACGGGUUUCCAUCCGAAUUCUUUAUCUGACGGUAGCGUUUUUUGAGCAACGUUAAGCCUUACUUUCAUUGACCCAAUUUCAUAAACUAUUCAUUUGUUACCCUAUAGUGAACCAAAAGUGUCUUUAUCCUUCAACAGGGAAUGGACUCGAUUGAGACAAUGAGUCCACAAACAUUUGACGCCUACAUGAAAAAGUACAGAAAUACCAUCUGCGGCUGUCAUCCCAUCGGCGUUUUACUACAUGCCAUUGACGCACUGCACAACUCUCAACAGGGUCUAUCUUUUUCUCUCAAAUUUGUGCAAUAUGCUCAGUCAAAUAAGUGCCUAAACGAAAGAGAUUCAUCUGUGAGCUAUGCAGCGGCCUCUGUGGUGGUCAACUAA